AUGGAGAGCCUGGCUCAGACUGUGAAUAUUUCCAAGAUGGCUCUAGAUGACAACUUCACUACUGGCUCCUUCAAGUAUUCGAUUGAUAGCUUCAAACAAGUAAUUUAUCCCAUCAUGUACCUCAUUAUCUUCUUCCUGGGUGCUGUUGGAAAUGGCCUCUCCACUUUAUUCCAGCCUUCGCAGAGGAUCUUAGUAAAUAAAUACAUGCAGAGCUUGGCUAUUUUGGACCUCAUGUUUGUGAGUACUUUGCCCUUUCGGGCUACAUAUUUCCGGUUGGGAUUGCAGUGGAUAUUUGGUAAUAUCCUCUGCAGGAUCAUGACCUACACCUUGUGAGUGAAUAUGUACUGCAGCAUUUAUUUUCUCACCGUGCUCAGCGUAGUUCGUUUCAUAGCCAUCGUCUACCCAUUCAAACACAGAAAAGUAACCAAAGCAAGAAUAACUUACACAGCCAUGUGGAUCUUCAUGCUGGCAGCCGCCAGCCCUCUGUUAAGCAAGGGAGUCACUGGGUACAGCACCACAGUCAAACGCUUGGACCUCCACCCCUUCAACACACACAGGCUCUUCAUGAUGUACAGCUUUGUCCUCAAAGUGGGUUUCAUCCUGCUGUUUUGUACAAUUUUUGUCUGCUAUGUCUUUGCAAUCAGAGCCUUGCUCAAGUCCAGGACUCUACAGAGCAAGAGGGUUGUUUAUCACAAGAAGGCACUGUUAACCAUCAUCAUCACUCUCAUCCUCUUCCUCCUCUGUUUCCUGCUGUAUCACAUACUGCGAUCACAUACCUCUACUGUUCACCCUCCUCAGGACAUGGGAUUGAAAGGAAAUUGCCUUGCUACUAGAGCCCCUUUAUUUUGUUUCAUAAUACUCAACCAGUGA